UUUAGAGUUAUGUCAAGCGAUUAAAAUAAUCGAGCAAUAAAUAUGCUGUUUAUGGAAAGUUAUUUGUGUUAUUGUUCAGUUCGGCUAGGCGUUUUGCUUGUCGCUGUGUUGCGUAUUAUCAUAAAUAUAACAUUGAGCGUUCUAUUCUUUGUGCAUGGAGUGCAUAUAUUUGAUGGCCUCAUCGAUUUGCUGGAGAAUGACUCACAGUAUAAGAAUAGCAAUAUGGUGAGGAAGUCUAUACACUGGGUACAUAAUUCACCUGAUAAUGUGCUAGUUUUCUUGCAGUGCAUGUGCUAUGCUCAUAAAAUAUCCGCCCUUUUGGGUAUUUUCGGUGCGAUAAGGCUGCACAAAUGGCUGGUAAUUCCCCUGGCACUAUUUGAGUUCGUUUAUUUUCUGGGCAUUACAAUUGCGCAUAUUGUGUUGAUGAUAAUGCUCAAGAAGCAAAUUAAUUUGGGUUUGCUCAUUGUUCUCACUUUGGUUGGCAGUUUCUAUUGUCUUUUUGCUGGUUAUAACUGCGUCACUUGCAUUGCAAUGUUUCAAGUUAUUAGCUUGGUUAAAAGCCCGAAGUAUCGACAACUCUAUGGCGAAGAUCCCUUUCAUCCUAUUCCAUUGAGGCGUUCUCAUGGCAGCUAUGACUCCGUACAACAGCUCCACAUGCUGGGCGUGCCGGAUGAUACAGACAUUGAUGAGCAGAAGCGUUUGGCCAAAUUGGGUCUCUGGCCAAGUCGUAAGCCUCAGGUGAUUUCAGUCAUUCCGGUGCAGACGCCAGCUGUCAGCCUAAAAUGGUGGCAACAGCAAGCCCUCGACAAGGAUGAUCAGCUCCAGGACUCUGCCGUUCUUCGCAACUGGCAACGUGGUGAACUGUUAAAGGGAGCAGCCGGCGAGGCGGAACGCAAAAACGCCCUCAAUCGUCGUUAUGCAGAGGCGCAACAAUAUGGAUUUCGUUAUAAAAGCAGAGAAAGAUUUUGA